AUGCAAGCGGUGCAAGAACUCGCGGCCUAUGCAAAGAACCAUGGGUUGUUUCGAGCUGCAUCUGCUUGUGAUGUCACAUGUAGCCUACUUUCUUUGAUGUUCCCGUGUGGGAGCUGCUGUGCUGGUUCCGUUGCCGGAUCUUCAUCACGGUUCCAAUUUUUGAGGAAGGUCUCUACAGUGGAACUUUUCAUCAGCCAUUCUUCGAAGUGUCCAUCUUGGCAGAAACUUCUGGCGCUGUGUCACUACCUGAACUUGGACUUGGCCAUUUUCUCAUCAUUCUUUGCUUGCAUUUUGGGUGCGAUCUUCUGGGUUCUACGCGCUGGCAGCUUAAGUGCUGUGGCACAAGAACCUCAAAGCCUUCUGUCUGGCAGUCUGUACUGGUGGCCCAUGCUUGCUUUUGUGAUGACUUUUUUCUGUGGACAUUUGCUGUCCAACAAGUUAUUCUGGUUUGACCGGCUCUGCAUUGACCAAGAAAACUUGCUACGGAGAUGUCAGACAUUGAAAGCCGUUCCUGCUUUUGUGGCCCACUCAGAAAGGAUGAUCAUUUUGUUGGAUGAGACGUAUUUUUCAAGGCUUUGGUGCGUAUAUGAAUUGGCCGUGCACAGCAAAACAGGCUCGGCCACUGCCGAGCUGAUUCCAAUGUGGAUGCCUCUGUGGACAAUUUUUUUCAUCAGUUUAUCUUUGAUGGCAUGUCUUGGCGAUAGUGGUCCCGCAAUUCCCCUACCACAUCUGAACACAGAAUCGAUCACCUCCCUCCUUGAGUCCGUCUUCAAAACCAAUUUAUUUCCGCCUGCGAUGUAUCUUCUCUAUGCAGUCCCUGCUUCUGGGUUUUGUUUCCAGAAGAUCAAGCGACACAAGAGGAUGCUUGAUCAGAUGGCAGAGUUUCAACUUGGAAAUGCCAAGUGCACUUUGGAGACAGAUCGCAGAGUCAUCGAGGAGCAGGUGUUGAGUCUGUUUGAUGAGGCGCUCGAGCCUCCUGUGAGCAUUGCAUUUGGUACUGAAGAGGCCGAAGCCGAAGACGACAUGGGCGGUUCAGAAACUCUCCUAGCCCCUGAGGCCCCAGAGACCAUCCGUGAGAUCCGACAUAUCACCAGCUACCCUACGAACGAUCAAAUCAUUGAUCAGUUCAAUGCGUACGUCCGAGGCCCCCUCCGUGACAGUGUGAUUCGGUCCAUGGGAAAGGAAGAUUACCUCUCCUUCAGACUGUGCACGGUUGCAGGGUUACCUUGGAUCUUGUGGAAUGUGCCCUAUCUUCUGGGAUGCGGUGCUGAUUGUAGACAAUCAGCAUCCUCUGAUGGCUUCUCUACUGUCUCGCAGUACUUUGUGUUUGAUGUAAUCUAUUACUUCUAUAUAUCACCUUUGAAUAUGUUUUUGGAAUUUCCGACAAUGCUAAUUGCUUGCAGAUGGGUAACUGACCUCGUGGAGCAUUCGGGUCUACGCCUGUUCUUGGGCACAGGCCUUUGCAUUGUCGUAAUGUAUUUUGGAGACUGCUUUCUUCUUCUUCAGUGCGGGGUCUUGGCAGUCGCAGUUACCGAUUUUUCACCACUUUGGCUAGCAGCAGCCGUUGUCAGUGUAAUUCUGGACCUGGGCCUGUUGUGGUUUCUGUUCUUUAGGAAGCAGCUCCAUCCCGGCCAGCGAACGCUGGUUCGAUAA